AGGCCUGCAAGCCCGCCGGGCAGCCAGGAGAGGGCAGCAGGGGCCCGCUCGGGGCUCCGCUCUUUCCCUGCCCGCUCGGCGGCUCCCGAGUCCUGCUGCUCUUCCGCGCCGCCGCCGCCGCCGCUCUCACGAGCAACAUCCGCCGAGCGAGCGACGGAGCAAACAGGCGGGAGCUAAGAUGCCGCUGGGCCUGAAGCCGACGUGCAGCGUGUGCCGCACGACCUCCUCGUCCAUGUGGAAGAAGGGAGGCCAGGGCGAGAUCCUCUGCAACAACUGCACGGGCCGCCCGGGCCCGCCCGGCGCGGGGGGAGCCGCCUACGCCACCACCUCGGCGGCCUCGCAGCAUAGCAACGGCGGCGGCGGGAGCGGCGGCGGAGGAGGAGGUGGCGGCGGGGGGAAGCAGAGUAAGCAAGAAAUUCACAGGAGAUCUGCUCGAUUAAGGAACACAAAAUACAAGUCUGCUCCUGCGGCUGAAAAGAAAGUUUCUACUAAAGGAAAAGGGCGAAGGCAUAUUUUUAAGUUAAAAAAUCCCAUCAAAGCUCCAGAGUCUGUAGCCACUAUAAUUACAGCAGAGUCUAUUUUCUAUAAGGGAGUUUACUAUCAGAUUGGAGAUGUUGUUUCAGUGAUUGAUGAGCAGGAUGGUAAAACAUAUUAUGCUCAGAUUAGAGGGUUUAUUCAAGACCAGUACUGUGAAAAAAGUGCAGCUUUAACUUGGCUCAUUCCUACUACAGCUAGCCCCAAAGACUGUUUUGACCCUGCAACUUACAUAAUAGGGCCAGAAGAAGACCUUCCAAGGAAAAUUGAAUACUUAGAAUUUGUUUGUCAUGCACCUUCAGAAUAUUUCAAAUCUCGGUCAUCUCCUUUUCCUACCAUUCCUACUAGACCAGAAAAAGGCUAUAUCUGGACUCAUGUUGGGCCUACUCCAGCAAUCUCAAUCAAGGAAACUGUUGCUAGCAGCUUGUAGUCUGUCUUGAUAGACUCGUUUUUGUAUGUAUAUUAAACUCACUAAGAUGUUUGUAUAUUCAACUAUACAGCUAGCCCUAUGGGUAGUGUUUAUUUAUUAUUUAAAUUUCAGUGCCUUUGUCAAUCAAGUUUUUCACCUUAUUUGAAACUUGCUUUUCUUUCCUGUCAAAAGUAACUCUUCUCACACAAAUUGUAUGUUUUGUAGUUCUUUUUUGUUGCCUUAUACAAGAAUAUACAGUAGUUGAUCACC